UGUUGACGUUAGCAACGUCAUGUAAACAGGAAGUUCGUUACCAGAAGCGGCUAGUUCAACUCGACGGAGGAGAAGCUAGAACAUUAUCAAAUGUUUUAACGUACUCACAGUUACUGCUUUGGUUGUUAGAAAAUAUAACCGUAUACUUCUAAGCUUUUUCAACUAUUGUAACUGUGCUUUGUAAACGGUUCGGUGUAAGUUUGCCCCCUGAGCUCGAUCGCCUGUAAACUUUUGCUAAGAUGCUAGGUGGCUAAUUUCUAGCAAGUGUUCUGCACAUUUAACUAAUGUGACAGCAGGAGUAGAUUUGUUCGUUUUAUUAGCAUGCAGACUUACGUUUAAGGCUUAUCACUAGCUGCAUGUCAUUAUGGGAGACAAGGAUCUGAGUCUUAUUGACAAGAAGAUUACAAGUUUACUAGAUGUCCAACUGAGUGCCACUGUAACUUCACUCAUUCUGCAUUGCAAUCACAUCCCGAGGAUCGAGGGCCUGACCUCAGCUUGGCACCUGCAGCACUUAGACCUUUCUUCCAAUUGCAUUUCUAAGAUUGAGGGUCUAAGUUCCCUCACAAACCUAAAGACUUUAAAUUUAUCCUGCAACUUAAUCACCAAGGUUGAAGGACUGAAUGGCCUUGUGAACCUAACAAGAUUAAACUUGUCCUACAAUCAGAUAAACAGCAUCACUGGCUUCUUGUAUCUUCAUGGCCUGCAACACAAGCUGAAACACAUUAGUCUCCAAGGCAACAAGCUGGACAGCAUCGAUCAUCUCCUGCAAUGCUUGCUGGGAUUGCAAGAUUUAAGGGAAGUCACUUUGAGCCAGGAUGGCAGAGACAACCCUUUGUGUAGGUUGCCAGGUUACCGAGAGAUUGUCAUUCAGUCUUUGCCACAGAUCUCUGUUUUGGAUGGCCUGGACCGGCUAGGAAAUCCAUCACAUCUAGAUCUUAUUAGUCCUCGUGAUAUCCCGGGUCUGGAGGACUAUGUGGACCUGCUGCUAUCGUCAGAUGCUAGUCAUAAUGAAGCGGUUAGAGGGGAUGUCCCUCUCACCACACCCCGCAUUGAUGAGGUUAUGACCCAGUUUCGUCAGCGGCUUGCUGCCGAAGCAAUCACGGAUCCAGACCCACAGCCAGAUCCUCAGAGUUUCCAGCCGGUUCGUUCCACUGUGACUGAUCCAGCAGACCCCGUUAAUGAAGAGCGCAUCAGGAAACUGGAGCACCAGGUGUCCCAGCUCAUCCAGCAGGCCCCUGCAGGUAAUAAGUCCAGUAGCUCUACUCAUCCUGUGGUGACGGUACGGAAGGCCAAGAGGGACACAGAUCGCACGUCAGAAAGUGAGUGUGAUAGUGGAAAGGAAAACAGGCGGCGCACCAGGAUCCCAAAACAUGGUAACAGAAUAACGUCGAGGAUGACACCCAAGGACACCAAGGGCCGGAGAUCAGACAGCGAUCAGGAGAAUCAUAAACAGAGGAGUUCAAAGUCUGCUGUGGGGCCCAGGAGGAAGGCUGCCAGCACAGGGGGUAUAGACGCAGCAGAGCCAACCAGGAGGGUACCUUUGAGAGCAGCUAAGGCCUCAGGCGAAAAAACCAAAUCCACUGAGGAGCAAGAAACCUAUAGGGCUAUUGUGGAUGAGCGUGACCAGGAAAGGGAGAGGCGUUGGAAAGCUGAGCAGGCUGUGAGAAAGCUAACAGAGGAUCUGAAAUGCCUGCAGACAAAGGUCAGCGAGGAAAAAGACCUUCAGAGCAUGGCCCUGCACACCACUGACAGGCUAAAAGAAUUGUUGCUGAAGGAGCGAUCGGGCCGCUCUGAACUGCAGACUCGUGUUGAGGAGCUGGAGGGGAGGUGUCAGUCCUUAACUCAGCAGCUGGAGCAGGCCCGCAGCAGUGAAGAACAACAGAAGAGUGCGCUACGCAGACUGGAGGAAAGCAUCUCCCAGGCAGAAGCACUCAGGGCUCGCCAGCAGGCUGAGGAGAUGAAGCGGCGCCAGGAGGUGGAGAACAAGACCGCAGCCCUGAAGAGAGAGUUGGACAUUCAGAGAGCCUCAGUACAUCAGCACAAAGACAAUCUGCAGCAGCUUCAUGAACUGCUGGCAUCCAGGGAACAAGAGCACAGAAAACAGCUGGAGUUGCGGCUGCAACCAGACGGGGCAGAUUUCCGUGAGGCAGUGGCGCGAGAAGUUGCUGCAGUGGAACAACGACACACCCAGCGGGAGGUGGAGCUGCAGGAGAAACUGACAGAGGGCAGGAAGCAGUACGCCGCUCUGGAGGACGAGUUCCGCAUGGCACUAACCAUCGAGGCUGCUCGCUUCUCUGAGGUAAAGGAUGCCUGUGAUCAGAUGAAUGCAGAGCUGUUGGAUCUCAAGGCAACCCUUGCCCAGUCUCAACAGAGGGAGAAAAAAUCCGGCUCUCUGGUGCAGGAGCUCACAGCCAUGGUCAAAGAACAGAAGAACCGUAUCUCUGAACUCAUCAAAGCCAAGAGAGACGCUGUCACAGAUUUAAAGAGCCGUCUGCAUUCCUUGGAAGCAGAGGUGGAGCAGGACCGACGACUCGGCCUGCAGCUGGAGUUGCUCAAGAAAGAGAAGGCAAGACUGUUGUCUCAGCUCACAGCUCAGGAGUCAGUGAUAGACGGCCUCAGGGCAGAGAGGAGGAUCUGGGGCCAAGAGCUCGCUCAACAAGGAGUAUCCUUGGCUCAGGAUCGUGGACGCCUGGAGGCCAGGAUAGAGGUGUUGGGCGCCGAGCUACAGACUCAGAAGAAACAGAAUGAGCGGGACAACGAUGCCCUUAAAAUCAAAGCCAAAAUCGUUGAUGACCAGACAGAGACAAUCCGUAAACUCAAAGAGGCCUUGCAGGAGCGUGAUGACCAGAUUCGCAGGCUGCGGGAGGAGGCGGUUCAAGCCCAGAAGAGGCUCCAGCAGCAGCGGGAUGAGGAAACUGCUCGGCAGGCCGAGCUGAGGGAACGACUGGAGCUUCUGAGCCUUCGCAAGGAUGAGCUGAAACAGCAGCUUGAGGACAAGGAGGCAGAGCUGGAGGAGGUGAAAAGAGUUUACAGUGAUUCCAGUAAGAGGUGGCAGGAGAAGGCAGACCUGCUUACUCGACUGGAGAGCCAGGUGAAGCGCAUGAAAGAGAACUUUGAUGCCAAGGAACAUUUACUGCUGGAAGAAAGAGAUAAAGCAAAAGACGCACGCAAAGCUGCAGUAGAGAAGUUGCAGUGUGUGGAUGAUGCUUUUCGUCGACAGCUAGAGUCUGUCCAGGCUGCACAUCAAGCUGAGCUGCUUCGACUGGCGAAUGAAAAACAGAAACAGAUUGAACAAGCCAAUCAGAAGGUGUUUGAAGUGGAGGAGGAAAUGCGUCAGCUCCUGGAGGAGACAGAAACUAACAAGAGAAUCAUGGAAGAGAAAAUGAAGCGUCUCACAAGUGUACUUAAAGACUUUUAACACAUGAAAUAUGACUUACUGACAGUAGACUCUAGUGACAGGAAGUCAUGGGAGCAGUGAAAUAAAUGCAGUUGUUUCUAUUUUUAUGUUAAAUUAUUGUUGUGUUUUAGUACAUCGCGAUUAUGCAAUAAAUUCGCUGUUAAACACAUUUGUGUGU